AUGAUUGGACAACCAAAUACUUCUAGUAAUUUCAUGGACGAGAUAGAUUGUGGAAGCUUCUUCGACCAAAUCGACGACCUCCUCGACUUCCCUUCUGAUGAUGUCGACGCUUCUUUCCCUGACUGCACCACCACGAACAACCAUGCCAGUUGUUUCUUUAAUAACGAUGAUAACUCGUUUCCUGGUAUUUGGUCGACUCAGUCCGACUCACUCCCCGGUUCUGCCUCUGACCUCUCCGCCGAGUUGUCCGUUCCGUAUGAAGAUAUUGUUCAGCUGGAAUGGCUAUCAAACUUUGUGGAGGAUUCCUUCUCUGGAGGAAGCCUGACGAUGAAGAAAGAGGAGCCCACCUUGGUUAAAGAUAAGGAAUCGCCGCCACAUCAUCAGUUCCAGACUUCUAGUCCAGUUUCUGUUCUUGAGAGCAGCAGCUCCUGCUCAGGAGAGAAAACUGCAUCGCGUAGCCCUGAAGUUGUUGCUUCUGGCAAACGUGGGCGUGCUCGCAGCAAGCGUCCUCGUCCUGCUACGUUCACUCCUCGUCCAGCAAUGCAACUCAUUUCGCCCACAUCAUCGAUCACCGAGGGGCCCCAGCAAUUUGUUUCGCCUAAGGUCCCUUUGGAUUCUGAGAACUUUGCCGAGUCACGACUUGUGAUCAAGAUACCAAAGCAUGUUGACUCAGAACAUAAGAAGAAGAAGAAAAUUAAGUUUACUGUUCCGUUAGGUCCUGUGGAGAUGAACCAAAACACACCACCACAGCAAGCAGUUAGGAAAUGCAUGCAUUGCGAGAUAACCAAGACACCACAAUGGAGAGCAGGGCCAAUGGGACCAAAAACCCUUUGCAAUGCUUGUGGUGUUCGCUACAAGUCAGGCCGGCUUUUCCCUGAGUAUCGACCUGCAGCUAGUCCAACCUUUGUUCCUUCCUUGCACUCCAAUUCUCAUAAGAAAGUUGUUGAGAUGAGAGCAAAGGCUGAGGACAACAUUGCUGUCAGAAGUCCUGCUGCAAUGAUGGCCAAGUCGCCGGAGUUGAUUCCAAAUAAGGGCAACCCUGCAAUGGAUUACAUGUGA